UGCCUGAAGGGGGGAAUGGCACUGCCUGCGUGUGCAGCCCGGGCGCUCGGGCCGCCGCUGCAACCGGAGCGAGGAGCGCCCGCCCGCACCACCUGUCCCCGCCGGCAUUCCAGAGUAGAGGCCGAAUUGGCAGCGAGCCGGCCCGGAUCAGUCGCCGCCUCAGUCCGCGCGGGCCCUCCUAGGGGUGUGUCUCGCGGCUUCAACUCCCAGCCGUUCCUGGACGAGCCCCUAAAGGCGUCUUCCUCCCCGGCGGGAGCCGCGCGCACCCCUCUCUUCGCGCUGCUGCCCCGAGGCCGCCGCAGGCGGAUGCACGACCUCAGGAGACGCUGGGACCUGGGCUCCCUCUGCCGGGCCCUGCUCACUCGGGGCCUGGCCGCCCUGGGCCACUCGCUGAAGCACGUGCUCGGUGCGAUCUUCUCCAAGAUUUUCGGCCCCCUAGCCAGCGUCGGGAACAUGGAUGAGAAAUCCAACAAGCUGCUGCUGGCUUUGGUGAUGCUCUUCCUAUUUGCCGUGAUCGUCCUCCAGUACGUGUGCCCCGGCACAGAAUGCCAGCUCCUCCGCCUGCAGGCAUUCAGCUCCCCGAUGCCGGACCCGUACCGCUCGGAGGAUGAGAGCUCCGCCAGGUUCGUGCCCCGUUACAAUUUCAGCCGCGGCGACCUCCUGCGCAAGGUAGACUUCGACAUCAAGGGCGAUGACCUGAUCGUGUUCCUGCACAUUCAGAAGACCGGAGGCACCACUUUCGGCCGCCACCUGGUGCGCAAUAUCCAGCUGGAGCAGCCGUGCGAGUGCCGCGUGGGUCAGAAGAAAUGCACUUGCCACCGGCCGGGUAAGCGGGAGACCUGGCUCUUCUCCAGGUUCUCCACGGGCUGGAGCUGCGGGCUGCACGCCGACUGGACCGAGCUCACCAGCUGCGUGCCCGCUGUGGUGGACGGCAAGCGCGACGCCAGACUGAGACCGUCCAGAGGAGAUCAGCCUCCCACUCCCUGCCUACCACCUAGUGCUUUGGGAGGACCGCAGGAAAUAAUGCCAGCUGGAUGCACUUGGGAAACCGUGAAGAGGUGGAGGAUUUUUCAGAUUCUAGAUGCAGCAAGUAAGGAUAGACGGGGUUCUCCAAACACUAAUCCAGGCGCCAACUCUCCAUCAUCCACAAAGGCCCGGAAUGCAUCUAAGAGUGGGAAGAACUUCCACUACAUCACCAUCCUCCGAGACCCAGUGUCCCGGUACUUGAGUGAGUGGAGGCAUGUCCAGAGAGGGGCAACAUGGAAAGCAUCCCUGCACGUCUGUGACGGAAGGCCCCCAACCUCUGAAGAGCUGCCCAGCUGCUAUACAGGUGAUGACUGGUCUGGCUGCCCCCUAAAAGAGUUCAUGGACUGUCCCUAUAACCUAGCCAACAACCGCCAGGUGCGCAUGCUCUCUGAUCUGACCCUGGUCGGCUGCUACAACCUCUCCGUCAUGCCUGAAAAGCAAAGAAACAAGGUCCUCCUGGAAAGUGCCAAAUCGAAUCUGAAGCACAUGGCAUUCUUCGGCCUCACGGAGUUUCAGCGGAAGACCCAGUACCUGUUUGAGAAAACCUUCAACAUGAACUUUAUUUCGCCAUUUACCCAAUACAAUACCACUAGGGCCUCUAGUGUAGAGAUCAAUGAGGAAAUCCAAAAGCGGAUUGAGGGACUGAAUUUUCUGGAUAUGGAAUUGUACAGCUAUGCAAAAGACCUCUUUUUGCAAAGGUAUCAGUUUAUGAGGCAGAAGGAACAUCAGGAAGCUAGGCAGAAGCGUCAGGAACAACGCAAAUUUCUGAAGGGGAGGUUCCUUCAGACCCACUUCCAGAGCCAGGGCCAGAGCCAGAAUCCGAGUCAGAAUCCGAGUCAGAACCCAAAUCUGAAUGCCAACCAGAAUGUGACUCAGAAUCUGAUUCAGAAUCUGACCCAGAAUUCGAGCCAGAAGGAGAACCGUGAAAGCCGAAAGCAGAACCCAGGUCAAGAGCAGAGCGAUGGCAGUGCCAGCAAUGGCACCAAUGACUACAUAGGCAGCGUAGAGAAAUGGCGUUAAGUGGCUCCCAGAGGCCUUUGCGCACUUGCCCCAAAGCGCCAGUAGAGAUAUGGCAAAUCUUAAAACAUGAGAGUUUCCAAACACAUCUUGCUUCCUUAAGUUUGGAGGGUUAAAAAAAAAAAAGGAAAAAGUUAAGAUGUUGCCUUUACAGUUGCCUUUCAAUUAAAUGUUUUACUGUGCGUGGGUAAAACAACUUUCAGUAUGUAAUUAAAUUGUCUCUUUUUGGUUUGUUGGAGUAUUUAUAAAAUCCAAAAGCCAAACCAGACUCACCAGAAAUUACUGUUUCAAUAUUUUAAGAAAUGCUUAAAUUAGCUAUAGAGACAAAAUGAAAACAUAAAAUGGGGCCAUUCGACUUCUGGCUAAGAAACAGACUCAAAUUAUUCAUGGUACACUGUUCGAACUUGCUCUUGGAAGCAAACAUUUGUUCCCAGGGGUAAGCACAAAUAUAGACAUUAAAAAAACUAAAAUUAACCAUAAAACCUUUUAUUUUCUUCUGAUUUUAACCAGGAAUCUAUCUAAAUGGAAUAAGAAUUGAUGGUAAAUCUUACCAAACUAUAGAAAUGAAGAUUUUUCUCUCCUGAAUAUGGGCAGUUUUAUGUAAGAAAUAUUGGCUUUCCAAGUAGAACAGGAUUUGUAUCUUGUUAUUUAAGAGAUGUUUAGAAUUUUCAACUUUUUCUACCUUCUACCGUUUAAAGGUUUUAAACAGGGUGUAUCUCAUAGUAAACAAAAACACUUUUCUGGGCACUGUAAUUUCAACAAUUCUGGAAUCUUUUUGGCGCUGCUUCUCAUUCAUCUGAAGGCUUCUCCGAGUUGUGCUCAUUCCAAAAUAACCCAUUUAUAGAAUCUUUCUUCAUCAUCUAAAUGGUGUGUUGCUGAGUUUCUUGUGAUACAGAAUCCUGGAUUCAAGUCAGGACUUGCUUUCUAUAGAAUUGUCUUAUCAAUGUUUGUGUAGUGAGGUCCUUAUCAAGAAACUCUUGAACAGGAUAACGUGUCUAAAAAUAUUGCUGAAGUUAUUCUUGAUCAGAUAGAAUUGAACUUGAAUGUGAAUGAAUUGUUAUUGACUUUUUGUACCUUCUUAUUGUGCCAUUUCCUGUUGGGCUGGCAGCUUUUAGCCCAUUUGUUCUUUUUGUGUUGACAGACCGUAGACAAUUACAAGAUGGGGGGGGAAAACAGUAGAAUAAGCUUAAGAUAGCCAGUGAUUUAGUAACACCAAAAGCUGUAUCUCGAUACUCUGGGUUAACCCUCCACCCAGUUUUUUUUUUUAAAGAAAGAACAAAGAGAAAGAGUGUUCUGUGGUGAGGGUGUCUCAGGAGCAUAUGCAUUGAGGAAAGUGAUUUCAUAUUCAGUCUCUGCACAAUACUUGUAGGUGAUCAGUUAUGAACCGAGCAGGACAAGAAGAAGCAUGUCACCCACUGUGCUAACAAGCACCGUGAUUCUGGGCAGUGUCCAUUUUACGGGUUUUGCUCUACUUGGUAGGGACCUACACUAACCCCCUGGCUGUCGAUCCAACAAGACAACUGGAAAUAGCAUUGAUGUUUUCAGGAGCUACACGCUUAGGAGUGUGACGAUAAAGUCACAUCUUGUACAAUCCGCUGCUUAUCUGCAUGAUCUAGUCUCAUCCAUAAUACUUACGGCCACAAGCCGGACGAGAAGCUGAGUAUUUGGGUUUAAAAAUAAGUUUUCUUGACGCUGAGCUUGUAUCACUAUAUCUGAAGUUUGUUUUGUCUGACAGUGUUGCAGUCCUGGGAAAUCUGAGAACUGAAGACCUGAAAGGAAUUUUUCUUAAAAACUCAAACACACCUUGAAGUCAACGUGUUUUAGAGUGAAACUAUUUUGUGUACAUUGUGUUUUUAAAAUAAAGAUCCUGUAGAUCACUGUGGUAUUUCAGUUUUGUUUAGUUUUAAUUGACAACAUUUGCUCUUAAAACAGAUAAGUACCUUUAGAAAACAGGAUGGAGCCCAAGCCAGUGGAAAAGCCUGUUACAGAAAAAAAAAAAAAAAAUCUUUUGUAUUAUUGUGGUGUGCAUGGCUGGCAGAGAUUAUGUGCAUUUUCUCUGUCUAUACUGAUUAUUGUAUAUAAGGGAUGUUAUAAAUACAUGUUUUGGUCAUCAUCCUAUAAAUCCCGUGAUUUCAACUGUAAACAUCCGUCCAAUGGUGUAGCUUUACAAACAAUUCACUGAUUUUGUGUAAUUUAACAAUAGAUAUGAAAUAAAGUUUAAAUUACGGA